AUGCGGUUGAAUCAGGAUCUUGUUAACCUCCUGAGGGCAUUGGAGGGACGCGUCGGCGAUGCAGACAAGAAAACCAUCAACCAAGUAUUACAGAAUGUAGAAGACGACCUGGUCUCCUUGGAUUCUGUUCAAUUGAGCAAAACGUUGGGGAAAAGACCACGCGAACCGUCCUCAGGGGAAAAGGACCCAGAAACUACUAACCAUGGAGAGGCUUUCGUUACCGCAUCAGUUGGUUCGAAUGAAGAUCUCGAUUUUUUGGACGAAGAUUUGAUGCGUAACCGCGAAGCGAGAGAGACCGGCUAUAUAGGCCAAAACUCUGAGGUACAAUGGCUGCGAAGCGUUCAACGCCAAGCUGAACGUGGAAGUACGAAUCCCGAAGGCCAAAGACACGGUCCUCCCGGCUCAAGCUCGAAAGCCGUCAAUGAACGAGUCGAGGCUUUGCAUGAACGAAGACAGAAUACCAGUCAAGGUUCCAUGCAACACACAACUGACGCAACCUUCUAUCUGGAUAGCGACGACAUCGAGAUCGAUAUAGCGGUCGAUCCUUACGAAAUGCCGGAACCAGGAGUUGCCGAGAACCUCUUCAACUGCUAUCUCGAAACCGUGCACAGUACUUUUCCACUCAUGCCGGUCAAUUUCGAGGGUCAAUUUCGCCGCUACAUACAAUCUGCAAAACAGAAACGCCAAUACGAGAUCCCUCCAAAAUGGCGUAUUACCAUGAAUCUCCUCUUUGCAAUCGGAGCGAAAUACUCUCAGCUCAUCGGAGCUCCAUGGAGAGGAGACGAAAGAGAUCACUUGAUCUACAUGACUCGUGCAGUGCAUCUUCUACGUCUAGGUGACCCCAUAGUGUUUAUUGCAGCACCUACCAUGGAUAGGGUUCAGGCUACUGGUGCCCUGGCAUUUUACUUCCUUGCAAUCGGCCAUGUUAGUAGGGCGUGGAUCAUGAUCGGAGUUUCUAUCAGACUGGCCUUGGCUCUCGGCCUUCAUCUACGCAAUGAGAACACAGCACUAGAAGACUCUAAGAAAGAGCCGCUAGUGAGGACAUGGUGGUGUCUGCACGCUAUCGAAUGUCUUGUGUCAUCCAUCACGGGCCGUCCCCCGGUUAUUGGACAUGAGGACUGUACUGUCUCUUUACCAAAAUCCAAUUCCGGGCCGUUAAAUCCAGAUAACAGUUCAUCUAGACAAUCUUCCCGCGUCCGUACAAGCUAUGAAUCACCACAAUCAAGCGCAAGGAGUAGCGCCUCUCAGUCCGAUAGAGGUACUGAUGACAGUAGUUAUUUGGUUGCAUACAUCAAUUUGAAUCUUAUCUCGCAAAAGGUUCUUCUUAGCUUGUAUUCCCCACGGACUGCAGCUCGAUCCUGGGAGCACAUCCAGACAAGGAUCACGGAGCUUCUCAAUGAACUGGAUGAUUGGGCCAAGAUAGCUUCGCCGUCUGAAGAUCUUCAUGCAAGUAGCUGGGCCCCGCAACCCGACGUCGAUCGCGAACGCUACCUGUUCAGAAUUUACUAUUGGAGCACGAGGAUCCUCAUCACACGACCUUGUCUCUGUAGAAUCGAGAGACGAAUAGAAUCUGAGAGCAGCCGGUCGGCCAUCUUCAACGCAAAAACGGCCGAGUUGUGUGUUCAAGCGGCCGAACAAAUAACAUCAUUGUUUCCCGACCAGCCAGACAAGACCUUCAUUUACUCUCAUGGUCCGUGGUGGGAUGUAGUUCACAUCAUCAUGCAGAGCAUGGCUGUGCUUUUGCUGGAGAUGUCUUACGAGGGCCAAAAUUUGAAGGAUGACAAAGAAAACAUCAUGAAAUGUAUCAAGAAGUUGAUGAGUUGGCUCCGUGCUUUGCGAGUCAACGACCCUGUCGCCUCUCGAGCUCACGGCGUGGUUUACAAGAUCCUAAACACAUGUGCUCCUAGCUUAAGAGAACAGGUCAAGGAGCUCAUGAAUGAUGAUGGUGAUCAGCCUUCGCAAUCCAGGACAUGGGAGCGUUCCCAAGAUUUCAACAUUCCACAACAAGAGUCCUGGGAUACAUCAAGCGAACCUAUCUAUCCAGCAGUGUCUUCACAGACUUUCCCACCAUUCCUCUCGGAGCAGUUCCCGGACCCCAUCUAUCCAUACCCUAUCGAGUACGACCAAUCCAUGGCCUUUUCAUUCGGAAACCCUUUCACGACAACUUUUGAUCAGGGACCUCCAAUCCUCGACAUGCAGAAUCUUUGGUGGCAAUCAGCAUCGUCUGCCAAUAUGAGUCUGGACCCUUCGGAGUUGGUCAUGCCUUACCAACAGCAGCCGCAGCCGCAGCAACCGCAACCGCAACAGCAGAUGCACGACCAGAUUCAUCAAGGCAUACAGCAGACCGACUGGAUGCACCAGCCAGAUGGAGAUGACGACCUCGACCAACCGCCCCAACAGUAA